GUUACGUCAGAUGUUUACUGAUAUCAUUGAAUUACGGAGGAAGCUCUUCAAACUGCCUAACUCUAAUUAUCCAGUUUCAAUAUUACCGGAAUACUCAGUACCUUUUGUAAUAUACCUCCUGGCACACAAUCCAUCAUUCAGUCGGAUCAAUCACAAAUCACUUCUAACAUGCAGAGAUUGCCUAUUGUUCUAUAUUGAGCCCCUAAUAUCUAAAGCUGACAAUUACCUCUUCCUUGGUAAGAUGUUUGAGCUGAUCAAGCAGUACGUUGAUGCACAAUCUCCCGAUGAUCUUGAAAUCAAUAAGAAUAUAUAUGCAGUAUGUGAUUUAGCUUCAGCCAUAUUACAUGAAAAGGUUGAUAAAUCAACAGUUGGUAAUUUUCCUGGUGAAGUGAUGCUACCAACGAUGCUAUUUACCAGAAGAAAUAAAGGGGCCCCCACUAACACUGCUAGGUACCUCCCUCCUGAUUUCAAUCCAUUCCCUGGGAAGGUUAGUGGGCGGA